AUGAUUAAACUGUUUUCCUUAAAACAACAAAAAAAAGAUGAAGAAGGUUCAGCAAGAGCAGGCGGUUCACAAAAGAAAGCAUCGGCGGCUCAAUUACGAAUCACAAAAGAUUUAAAUGAACUGAACCUGCCUAAAACUUGUAGCACAGAAUUUCCAGACCCAGAUGAUUUACUUAAUUUCAAAUUGAUCAUUUGUCCCGAUGAAGGUUUUUACAGAGGAGGAAGAUUUGUAUUUAGCUUUAAGGUAGGACCAAACUAUCCCCAUGAACCACCUAAAGUUAAGUGUGAGACAGCUGUAUACCACCCAAACAUAGACUUGGAAGGGAAUGUUUGCUUGAAUAUACUCCGAGAAGAUUGGAAACCAGUUCUCACAGUCAACUCAAUAGUAUACGGGUUGCAGUAUCUAUUCUUGGAACCAAAUCCUGAAGACCCACUGAAUAAAGAAGCGGCUGAUGAACUACAAAGCAAUCGACGACUCUUCGAACAACACGUGCAGAGGGCAAUGCGCGGCGGAUAUGUCGGCUCUUCUUAUUUUGAACGGUGCCUCAAAUGA